CGGAAGCCGUACUGAGCCAAUUUCGGUCGGCGUGCUCAUUUGAACAAGAAGCUGAAGAAGAGCAGCGGCCCAGCAACGACUGUCCAAUUUUUAACAAAACAUUGAUGGAUUGGCAGCCUGACGAGCAGGGACUUCAGCAGGUCCUCCAGCUGCUUAAAGACUCCCAGUCACCUGACACCGUCACACAGAGAACUGUCCAGCAAAAACUUGAACAACUCAAUCAGUUUCCGGACUUCAACAACUAUCUCAUCUUUGUGCUAACACGACUUAAAACUGAAGAUGAACCGACUCGCUCUUUAAGUGGUUUGAUACUGAAGAACAAUGUCAAGGCCCACUACCAGAACUUCCCUCCGGCUGUUUCUGAUUUCAUCAAACAGGAAUGCCUCAACAACAUUGGUGAUCCCUCACCGCUCAUUCGUGCCACCAUCGGCAUUCUUAUCACUACCAUUUCAUCCAAAGGAGAGCUGCAAACAUGGCCAGAGCUGCUGCCCCAGCUCUGCAACUUACUCAACUCUGAGGACUACAGCACCUGUGAGGGCUCGUUCGGUGCGCUGCAGAAGAUCUGCGAGGACUCGUCGGAGCUGUUGGACAGCGAUGCUCUGAACAGACCCCUCAACUUUAUGAUACCUAAAUUCCUUCAGUUCUUCAAGCAUUGCAGUCCAAAGAUUAGAUCUCAUGCUAUAGCUUGUGUGAACCAGUUUAUCAUUGGCAGAGCCCAGGCUCUAAUGGAGAACAUUGACACCUUCAUAGAGAGUCUGUUUGUUCUGGCAGCAGAUGAAGAUUCGGAGGUCAGGAAGAAUGUGUGUCGAGCUUUGGUCAUGUUGCUGGAGGUCCGCAUUGACCGUCUUAUCCCCCACAUGCACAACCUCAUCCAGUACAUGCUGCAGCGAACUCAAGACCCUGAUGACAGCGUGGCUCUGGAGGCCUGUGAGUUCUGGUUGACUAUAGCAGAACAGCCCAUUUGUAAGGAGGUUCUGUCUGUUCACCUGAUGCAACUGAUUCCAAUUUUGGUAAAAGGAAUGAAGUAUUCAGAGAUCGACAUCAUAAUACUGAAGGGUGACGUGGAGGAGGAUGAGAUGGUGCCAGACAGCGAGCACGACAUCAAGCCUCGUUUCCACAAGUCUCGCACCGUCACCUUGCAGCACGGAGGAGGGGAGGGAGAGGAGGGGGAAGACUAUGAUGAUGACGACGACGACGAUUCACUGUGUGACUGGAAUCUGCGAAAGUGUUCGGCUGCAGCACUCGAUGUUCUGGCCAACGUGUUCGGUGACGACCUGCUGCCCCACCUCCUGCCACUUCUCAAAGGGCUGCUCUUCCACCCCGACUGGGUCGUCAAAGAGUCCGGCAUCUUGGUUUUGGGGGCCAUUGCAGAAGGCUGUAUGCAGGGCAUGUUGCCCUAUCUGCCGGAGCUCAUCCCCCACCUCAUCCAGUGUCUGAGCGACAAGAAGGCCCUGGUACGCUCCAUCGCCUGCUGGACCCUGAGUCGCUAUGCACACUGGGUAGUCUCCCAGCCCCCUGACUCCUACCUCAAGCCUCUUAUGACGGAGCUUCUGAAACGUAUCUUAGACAGAAACAAGAGGGUUCAGGAGGCCGCCUGCAGUGCUUUUGCCACUCUGGAGGAAGAGGCGUGCACAGAGCUGGUGCCCUACCUGAGUUUCAUCCUGGACACUCUGGUGUUUGCCUUUGGGAAGUACCAACACAAGAACCUGCUCAUCCUGUAUGAUGCUAUUGGAACUUUAGCCGAUUCAGUGGGUCACCACCUCAAUCAACCUGAGUACAUUCAGAAGUUGAUGCCUCCAUUAAUUGCGAAGUGGAAUGAGCUGAAGGAUGAAGACAAGGACCUUUUCCCACUACUAGAAUGUCUGUCAUCAGUGGCUACAGCCCUGCAGAGUGGCUUCCUGCCUUACUGUGAACCAGUUUACCAGCGCUGUGUCACCCUGGUCCAGAAGACUCUUGCUCAGGCUAUGAUGUACAACCAGCAUCCUGACCAGUAUGAGGCUCCUGACAAGGAUUUCAUGAUUGUGGCCCUGGAUCUGCUAAGCGGACUGGCUGAGGGUCUCGGGACUCAAGUGGACCAGCUGGUGGCUCGCUCAAAUAUCAUGACCCUGCUGUUCCAGUGCAUGCAGGACACGAUGCCUGAAGUGAGACAAAGCUCCUUUGCUCUGCUGGGAGAUCUAACGAAGGCGUGUUUCCCCCAUGUGAAGCCCUGCAUCGCUGAAUUUAUGCCCAUCCUGGGGCUCAACUUGAACCCAGAGUUUAUCUCCGUGUGUAACAACGCCACCUGGGCCAUCGGAGAGAUUGCCAUGCAAAUGGGUGCAGAGAUGCAGCCCUAUGUGGGCAUAGUCCUGCCACAGCUGGUGGAGAUCAUCAAUAGACCAAACACCCCCAAAACUCUACUGGAAAACACAGCCAUCACAAUUGGCAGGCUUGGUUUUGUCUGUCCUCAGGAAGUGGCUCCACAGCUGCAGCGUUUCAUCAGACCAUGGUGCACCUCAUUGAGGAAUAUCAGAGACAACGAGGAGAAGGACUCGGCCUUUCGGGGAAUCUGUGUUAUGAUUCAGGUUAAUCCUGCAGGAGUGGUGCAGGACUUCAUUUUCUUCUGUGAUGCGGUGGCUUCGUGGGUCAACCCAAAGGAUGACCUGCGAGACAUGUUUUACAAGAUCCUGCACAGCUUCAAGGACCAGGUUGGAGAAGAGAACUGGCAGAAGUUCUCGGAGCAGUUCCCUCCUGUGUUAAAAGAGCGCCUGUCAGCCUGUUAUGGUGUCUAACAACUAUUCCCUCGGUCCACUGGCCUACUGGGUUAAUGAAUGGGAGGGUAACAGGGGAACUCAUUGCACUGCCCAAAUCACAGGGAGGAACUCGUACUGGAGGGACACGGCGAGCCUCGAGCCU